GGUCAAGAAGCUUUAGGAUUAGUUAACAUACUGAAUUAUUCUGUUUAGGAGGUACAAGCGACGUGUGGCAAGUUGGACGAGGUGCUCGAGAACUACACUCGACGGCUGACCGAAUAUUUGAACAGUAUCGAGAGUUCAAGCGCUUCGUCGUCAAGAAAACUCAGCAAAUUGAAAGGGAAGAAGAAAUCUAUAGGCACUUGGUCUAAAACUGGAAGCGAAUCGUUUUCAAUAGAAUCUCGCCUGUCGAUGUACUCGAUGGACACUCGAGCCGGUCUCGUCCCGAAGUCUUCCAACUCGAAGGAAAACACGAGCGUUCGUCGGAUGAUGCCUGUCGUGGACACACAAAUACACACACUCGUGGAGAGUCAGCCCUGUACCUCGAAUCACAUGAGUCCAGACGGGAGUCCGCUAUCAACACCCAAGAGUCCCAAAACCUCUAGAUCACGUAAAGAAACGUCACCCAGAAAAACACUUCAGAACAAUAAAAAACAACUGAUGUAUAGUUCGCCCAGAAACGUUACUUAUAAGAAGAUUAUUAAUAGUCCGAGACCAAAGAGAGAAAACAAUUCAAGGGAAUCUGAACAUACAACGGAACCUUCUAGAAACAAUGUCACAAAUGAUUCUACGAGCGUUGACAAUAAGACGGAGAUGAGGGAUAUGAAAAGGGAUGAGAAAGAUAUGCCUCGGAGUUUAGAAGUCAAUGCUUAUUACGAGCACGUUGCGAGAGUUGAAAAAACAAAUGAAGAAGAGAUGAGGUGCGAGAAGGAUAGAAAUAAGGUUCCAGAUUCAGGUCCGGCUAGCGUCGAAGUGACGAAACUUCUCCGACAGCUGUGCGGUGGAGACGCAACGGGGUGCAGAAACGAACGCAUGAUCGGUGCUAAGAACGCGCAGCUGUUCUGUGUAACCGGAAGCAGUCCGCGACAGCCGAGCACUCCUCAGUUACUUCGGAUAUUAGAAGAAACAAUUCAAAAGAAGACGCCGAAAGCACUCUUCCCGAAAACAGUCGUGCCUGUGAAGGAUGCAGAGAGAUUGCGAAUGUCGUUCAACAUUCCGGAACGUGUCACGGAAAAUUUAUUUCAAUACAGGACCAAGUUUGUCCAGCACAUGCUCACCAGCACGAUGUAUGCCAACAGCGAUAUCGGCAAACCGUGGGAGAAGAUUGGAAGUGUAUCAGAACAAAUUAUUGACGAUUUGCUUUUAAACUGCGCCAAAGAGAUGGAACUACAUCAUUACGUUAAGAGUUUUUACGAGAAUGAGACACGCUGAGAAUGAUACCUUUCGAUAACUAUAAAAACAAUCGUUCAGUUCUGAUUAAUAAAUUUAUUUGUCUUAUCAA